AUGCGCCACCGCCCACCGCCCACCGCCCAGAUCCCGCUCGCCUUCUGCUUCCCGCCGCCGGUCGGUGCUGCUGUAGCUCCCCGGGCCUCCUUCCUCAAGCGGGACGCCCGCCCUACCACCAUGGCGCGGCUCCGGCCUCGGACCUCCACCGCCCGACGCCGCCUCCCUUUUCCACGGCGCAUCCCCGGCUUCCCACCUCCACCGCGCGGCGCCGCCUCCCUCUCGCACGGCGCGGCUGCCGGCCUCCACCACUGCUGCGCAUCCUCCCGCCGCCGCUCACACCACCCGCCGCGGGCCCGCCCUCCGCCGCCCACACCACCUGCCGCGCAAACAGCCCCCCUCCUGCUUCCUGCCCCGGCCGGCCACCCACCUAGCGCGCCGCUGCAGCCGGACAUCCCAUAG